UCCCUGUCCCCACGCCCCUUUCUGCAGCACCUGGGCAGGCGUUGCCACAACACGUUCUGACAACUGGGUCUGGCAAGGAAAACCCCAGGGGCAGAGCCUGGUGGGUGGUCCAGGUUCGGAGCCCUAGAGCCUGAGCCCAGGUCUGUGGGAUGUGGCACUUGGUGGCACUCCCAGCCCUAUGGUGGAGGCCCUUAGCCCUCUGGGUGACCCAGGGCCAAAGAAAGAGCACUGGAUUUGGGAGUCCAGACGCCAGAUUCCUCAGCUGCAAUCCCAGGUGGUCUGGGGCCACAGCGCUUCUUUCUGAGGGAUGCAGCAUCCCCUUUUGUAAAGUGGGGCUCAUUCCAUCCUUUCCUGAGAGCUGCUGGGAAUAUCCGGGGAGUAAGAGAGCAGGGAGGGGCUGUGUUGACUCUGAGGGCAGCCAGCACCCACUCUCCCACCAGAUGGGAGCUCCCUGCCAACUCACCCAGCGAUAGAUGGGGCCAGGGAGGCGAGGCGUCUUGGCCCCCCUCUGCAGGUGGAGGGCACCGAGCACCCGCUAUCAGUUCCCUCUUCUCCACCAGAUGUCAUGGAGCUAGAUCUGUCUCCGCCGCAACUCAACAGCUGUUCGGAAGACCCCUGCCCAGCUUCCGGGACCCCUCCCGGGACUCCCCCUGCCCUCGAUGUCCCCAUGUCUGAGGAGGUGACGCGAUCCCAGCCACUGCCCAUCCCAGCCAGCAGGCAUCUCCGGCAGGAGGAGCUGCGGGCCACCUCUCUGCCCUCCAUCCCCAACCCCUUCCCCGAGCUCUGCAGUCCAUCUUCCCAAAGCCCCAUUCUCGGGGGCUCCUCCGGUCCCCGGGGGUUGCGCUCCCGAGAUGCCAGCUGCCUCCACGUGGUGAAGGUGUAUGGCGAAGACGAAUCCUGCCGGUCGGUGGAGGUGGCGGCGGGGGCCACAGCGCGGUAUGUGUGCGAGAUGCUGGUGCACCACGCCCAUGCCCUGAGCGAUGAAAACUGGGGGCUGGUGGAGUACCACCCCCACCUGGCACUGGAGCGGGGGCUGGAGGACCAUGAGUCCGUGGUGGAGGUGCAGGCUGCCUGGCCCGUGGGCGGAGACAGCCGCUUUGUCUUCCGGAAGAACUUCGCCAAGUACGAACUCUUCAAGAACUCCCCACACUCCCUGUUCCCAGAGAAGAUGGUCUCCAGUUGUCUCGAGGACAACCCGGACCUGUCCCAUGAAGACCUCAUCCAGAACUUCCUCAAGGCGGGCAGCUUCCCCGAGAUCCAGGGCUUCCUGCAGCUGCGGGGGACUGGACGCAAGCUUUGGAAACGCCUCUUCUGCUUCCUGCGCCGGUCCGGCCUCUAUUACUCCACCAAGGGCGCCUCCAGGGACCCGCGGCACCUGCAGUACGUGGCAGAUGUGAAUGAGUCCAACGUGUACGUGGUGACCCAGGGCCGCAAGCUCUACGGGAUGCCCACGGACUUCGGCUUCUGUAUCAAGCCCAACAAGCUUCGGAAUGGCCACAAGGGGCUACGCAUCUUCUGCAGCGAGGAUGAGCAGAGUCGCACCUGCUGGCUGGCUGCCUUCCGCCUCUUCAAGUAUGGGAUGCAGCUGUAUAAAAAUUAUCAGCAGGCACAGUCUCGCCACCUCCGUCCAUCCUGCUUGGGUUCCCCACCCUUGAGGAGCGUCUCCGAUAACACUUUGGUGGCCAUGGACUUCUCCGGCCAGGCUGGGCGCGUCAUUGAGAACCCCCGGGAAGCUCUGACUGUGGCCCUGGAGGAGGCCCAGGCUUGGAGGAGUCCCCUCUGUCCCCCACAUCUGCAGAAGAAGACAAACCACCGCCUGAGCCUGCCCACCCCGUUCUCAAGCUCAAGCCUCAGUGCAGCCAUCCACCACACGCAGCCCUGGUUCCACGGACGCAUUUCCCGAGAGGAUAGCCAGCGGCUCAUUGGGCAGCAGGGCCUAGUGGAUGGCCUGUUCCUGGUCCGGGAGAGCCAACGGAACCCUCAGGGCUUCGUCCUCUCUCUGUGCCACCUGCAGAAGGUCAAGCAUUAUCUCAUCCUGCCGGGUGAAGAGGAGGGCCGCCUCUACUUCAGCAUGGAUGACGGCCAGACCCGCUUCACUGACCUCCUGCAGCUCGUGGAGUUCCACCAGCUGAACCGCGGCAUCCUGCCCUGCCCGCUGCGCCACUACUGCACCCACGUGGCCCUCUGACCACCUUAUCAACAGGCUUCUCAGCCCAGCUGCCGCUGCUUACCUCCCAUCGCUCACAGACGGAGCUCAGAGGAUCGGGACCACUGGACGGGCUCCCAACUCCAAGUGCCUUCUCCACUCCCUCCCCUCCCCCCACCGUGUCCAUCCUUAGCGUCUCUACUUAAGGGAAGGUGACGGGUGGCCCUCUCCCCUUCAUGAUGCUUCUGGGAGAUGCUCUGGGGCUGGGCAUUAUGGGAGAAAGGGGGUGCUCCUGGGUGGUUCUAUGCCCCGACUUUGUACAGACUUAGAGGCCAGUUGGUCAGCUGUGUUUUUUAUCAGUGACAAUAAAUAUUAUUUUUUGAUACA